ACCCCCACCCCCACCCCCACUCCCAAAUCUUUUUUUACAAGUACCCUCAUAUUUCUCUCACCGCCUCCAAAAAUUCCUAUAUUUUCCCAUUCCAAAAACCCCUUUGCUCACAAUAUUAUUCUCUUUAGUGUUACUAAUACAAAAAGAAGAAAACGUUACUACUUUUAAGAAAUACAACAGUUUUAUUCUCAUUAGCCUUUCAAGCUGGCGAUUGAUAAUCAAGAUACAAGUGUUCGUGAAUUCAAGCCUAAGAAUAGGCGUAUCAUGGGAGCUGGAGGACCUGAUGAAGAGGAGAAUAAGUGGCCACCAUGGUUAAAGCCAUUGUUGAAGGAAAGGUUCUUUGUUCAAUGCAAGUUACAUGCUGAUUCUCAUAAGAGUGAAUGUAAUAUGUACUGUUUGGAUUGUAUGGAUGGUGCUCUUUGUUCUCUUUGCUUGUCUCAUCACAAGGACCAUCGUGCCAUUCAGAUACGGAGGUCAUCGUACCAUGAUGUGAUAAGGGUGAAUGAAAUACAGAAGUAUUUGGACAUAACUUCAGUUCAGACCUACAUUAUCAACAGUGCAAAGGUUGUUUUCUUGAAUGAAAGACCACAGCCUAGGCCAGGGAAAGGUGUUACUAAUACUUGUGAAGUUUGUGAAAGGAGCCUUCUUGAUUCCUUCAGAUUCUGCUCUCUUGGUUGCAAGAUUGUUGGGACUUCAAAGAACUUUGUGAAGAGGCCAAAACAAUCACCGGAGAAGAAGAGGCAGUCGCCCGUGGCGGCCUCCUCCUCCUAUGACUCAGAGGAUUCAUACAGCAGCAGCAGCCAUCAUCAUGGCCAACAGAACAGUCCAAGUAGCAACAAGGUGCAAAGUUUCAGUCCAUCAACGCCCCCUCCAACUUCUGUUAAUUACAGAACAGCCAAACGUAGAAAGGGAAUUCCUCAUCGAGCCCCAAUGGGAGGACACUUAGUUAUAGGUUACUAAGCUAAAAAAAAGUCCUUCAUUUGCACCUAAUUAUACAUCAGCCAUAGUAAAAAUCAAAAUGCAGCUACUCUCCAACCCCUUAAAACCUUAAAAAAAGCACUAGUGCUUUCUCCAGAGAAGGCCAGUGUUUGCUUUAUUGUAUAUAGUUUUAGCUCUACUAGUAUAUGAUGGGAAAAGUUUGAGGGGUGGAAGUUGAAAUAAGAAAAUGUGAAGGGACUAAUAGGGGUUUCAAGUUAGUUGGGCUUAGAAAAUAAGCUAUAUAUAUAUAAUAUAUAUUAUAUUUUAUAUAGUAUAUGAUGAAAUAUCAGAUACAGCGACUCUUUGUUUGGCUUUUUAGAGUGGUUAUACAUAAGUUUUGUUUGUCCUUUUCCCUCCUGUAAUCAAAAUGUAUAUAUAAUGUUCUUAUAGUUUGGAAUAUUUUAACAACCAUGUCUAUCCUCCUUGUUUGUAUCAAUUUUGAAUACUCUCUUGUUUCA